CCUUAUAUUAUCAUCUUCACAACAUGGGAUUUCGCAAGAUCAGUCGUGAUGUGAAACUUGCGGCAAUCCGACUCCAUGAACGGAACCUUCUAAGCCUUCGUGAUAUCCUAGAUUGCUGCGGAUUUUCCAGAUGCACUUGGUUUCGGAUUUUGAAGCUCUGGCACGAAACCGGCGAUGUCGAAUAUCAUCCUCAUCGGACCCAUUGGAAUCAAUGUCACUGUCAUGCUCUAGCAGGUUCUUGUGUUUUUUGGAGGCAGAAAUAGUUAUAAACGGCAUGAUGAUAAUGAAUUACAGGGGAUGUGAGUGUACAGUGAGCAAAAUUUCACUAAGUCUAACAUUUCCUAAUUGAACGAAAA